GUCGAUCUUUCGCACUUGUCCCCAGAAGAGAGGUGGAGGGUGGAGCACGCGCGGAUGCACGCCAAGCACCGCGGGCACGAGGCCAUGCACGCCGAGAUGGUCCUCAUCCUCAUCGCCACGCUGGUGGUGGCACAGCUCCUCCUGGUGCAGUGGAAGCAGAGGCACCCUCGCUCCUACAACAUGGUGACCCUCUUCCAGAUGUGGGUGGUGCCUCUGUAUUUCACCAUCAAGCUGAACUGGUGGCGGUUCCUGGUGAUCUGGGUGCUCUUCUCAGCAGUCACAGCUUUUGUCACCUUCAGGGCGACUCGAAAGCCUCUGGUGCAGACAACACCCAG